AUGUUCAGGAACGCUAUUCAGAUGUUGGCGCAGAGUGUGGACAACCAGAACAAUCAGCGAGCUCUAGUUCAGGAAAAUGUUAAUGUUGGGUCAGCUACCGCUAGAAUCCGAGAUUUUGUUAGGAUGAAUCCGCUAGAGUUCUUAGGAUCGCAAGUCGGAGAAGAUCUGCAAAACAUCAUUGAUGAGGUCAAGAAGAUCUUUGAAGUUGAGGAAGAGAAGCUGAAGGAUAGGGAGGAGUUUAGAAACAAAAAAGCAAAGAUAGGAAAUGAGUCCGGGCAGCAAAGGAAUAAUGUGACCCAUUCGUCCUUUCAGCAAAAGCAACAGGGACCUGCUCCAUCAUCUGCUGGUGCACCUGCACCAAAGAACAAAAGUGACUACAAUAGUCAAAAUUCCCAAAACUUUAGAGCUAGACAUGCACAGUCGCAAAGUUGUAUGGCACAAGGGGAGUGUCCAAAGAACAAGCAGGGUAACGAUAAUGGGGGCAAUAUAGCCCAGUCUUCUUCAGUUACUCCACCAGCCAUAGCUGAAUCUAUAGGAGCUACUUCAGGGGCAGGCGGAGGAGGAAACAAUUUGUUUACCCAGGAGCUAGUUUAUGCUUUGUAA